GGGGCUGGCUUGCUGCCCCCUCACAGCCUGCCUUUGGUCAGCCUUUCCAGGAUUCGGCGUAGCCAGCCACGUUGUGUGCCCCCCCCCAAAGCGCUGCUGGGGGUACAUAGCCAAAAGGUUUCUGGGCCAGCCCACCUGGUGAGGCCAGAGGUUUAGGGAGGAGGAGGAGGAGGAGCGCCGGCCUUGCAGGGGAGGGACGGAGGGCCCACCGCCAGAUCACUUGAUCCGUCAGCCGGACCACAUGACAAGCAGCUGAAAGUCAUUAGCGGGGUACAGGCUGGUUCUCUGCCUCGCAGGUGGCCAGGAGCUGCCCGGGACGCACCACGGAGGCCUGGGAGCGCCUGGGUUUGUGAGCCGGCCCUCGGCUGCCCCCCUCGGCCUCAGCGUCCCGGCCCUGAGGCGCUGGCUGGCUGCCUGGCGGCUUCCCAUGGACCAGCAGCUGGCCCUGAGGCCUGCGUCUUUUUGCUGCUGGGAAGCCUGUCCGUAGCUCCAGCCGAGAAACUGCCCUGCCCUCCCCUCCAUCUCUCUGGACCCGAGCAGGCUGCCAUUUAAGGUCUCACUAUGUCUAAUGGGGACUACGAUUACCUCAUCAAGUUCCUAGCCCUGGGAGAUUCAGGGGUCGGGAAGACCAGUUUCCUCUACCAGUACACGGAUGGGAAGUUCAAUUCCAAAUUCAUAACGACUGUCGGGAUCGACUUCCGAGAAAAGAGGGUGGUGUACCGACCCAACGGACCAGAUGGCAUGAGCACGCGCGGGCAGAGGAUCCAUCUCCAGCUGUGGGACACGGCAGGGCAAGAAAGGUUUCGUAGCCUGACCACGGCCUUCUUCAGGGACGCCAUGGGCUUUCUCCUCCUUUUUGAUCUGACCAACGAGCAAAGCUUCCUCAAUGUCCGAAACUGGAUGAGCCAGUUGCAAACGCACGCCUAUUGCGAAAACCCUGAUGUGGUUCUGUGUGGAAACAAAAGCGACCUGGAAGAGCAGCGGGUGGUGAAAGAGGAGGAGGCGAAGGGGCUGGCAGAAAAACAUGGGAUCCCUUAUUUUGAGACGAGCGCAGCCAACGGGACCAAUGUAAGCAAGGCCAUUGAGACGCUUCUGGACCUCAUCAUGAAGCGCAUGGAACGGUGUGUGGACAAGUCCUGGAUCCCGGAAGGGGUAGUACAGUCCAAUGGGCACAGCUCUACCGAGCAGCUGAAUGAGCAGAAAGAUAAAAGCAAGUGCAGUUGUUGAGGAAACAGACUGGAUUUCAGCAUGGGAAUUAAGCUGUCGUGUUAUUACAGUUGAAGGUUGAUUUGCCUCAUUUCUGGACUGCUCCUGCCUGCUUUUACACGUAGAAAUAGAUGUGCGAGAAAAGCUCUGUUAAACCUCAACUUCAAUGUUUAUUCUCAAAUGACACACACUGGGGCUUUGCAACCAUUUCCUCUUCCUGGCCAUUAACAGAAGAUCAAUGGGAAGGGCUGACAGAAUUACUGCUCUGUCUAGGUUUUCGAGACUCUCCACCCUGUGGCAGCCCCUCUUCUCCACUGGGACCAAAUUCUUUUACUGCAGCCACAACAUUAAAACCGAGGUGGGGGAAGGUGGGUAUGCAGCAAACAUAGUCUGAAUGAUUAAGAAAUACAUUCAGCUCUCAGCCACCGCCUGGAAACCAAGUCCUAGUAAGAGAGGGCUUCGGGCAGGCCACCAGCCUGGCCCUCCUUCACAGCAACCAGCAUCUGCCUCAGUUAAGAGCUGUUCUUGCCUGAUCCCCAGGGCUGCUCGCUCCCCCUUGGUCAACGGGGUAAGAGGGAUGGCGUGCAGAGCAACACAGAGGUGUCAUGUGUAAACUUUCUUUUUUGACAGGAAUGCAAGGCAAGCUAAUGCUUUGCGCUAAAUUUCUUUGUCUCAAGUGUACCUUUGGAAAACAUCCUUCAGUCGGAGCGAAAAUGUCUUACUGACUCUGCCCUGGUGAGGCCUGACUUUGUGCAUUAACCUCCUGGCUCAGUUUCACCUGCUCCCUCUCUGUGCAUUGUUCUGUUUGUUCCCAGAGAAUUCUACAUCCUUUCUUGUGAUCGCUCAAACUGUUUGCUUUUGCUUAUUGUCCUCCAAACCUUUGGAUCAGCUUGUUUCCAGGAGCAGCUUCUCUCGGUCUUAAAGGGCUCACACUCUGUUGGUGCGCAUGCAAAGGGAGGCUUGGGGUCACUGCUGCCAUAAUGUGCCAAAACAAUUAUUGUACCUCUCUGAGCAGCUGAUUUCCACAAUGCAGCUAGAUUUACACACCUUGCCUUUAGUGGGCUCCUUUGAUGGCCGUUCACCCACAAGCUUUAGUCUGGGCCUGAGCCAGAAAGAAGCUAAAGGCAAGUGCAGGUGCGCCCAGGGUCCCAGGCCUGCCAGGAGAACCUGCAUGACGCCCUCCCUCCCUGCCCCCUGUGCCACUUCAACAGCCCCAGGCAGUCAGCCCCACAGUUAUAGCCAGGCUGUGUCUGAAAAGGGGUUGACCGUUCAGCAACCCUCUUUUAGAACUAUGGAACUGGCUGCAAGAAAUGAGGGUUCCCCGAGUGACAGCGUUCUUCAUUGGACUAUACCUCCCAUCACCCACUGCCCACUCUUUCUGGCUGGGGGGAGUCGGGAGCUAUAGUCCAACACACGCAGAGGGCAACAGGUUAGGGAAGGCUGCAGUAAACCCCCCAGGAAGCCCUUGGGCAUUUGGGUGCUGUGCUUUGGCGGCCUCUUCCCCAAGAGGUCUGCAAACCUCCUGCAAAGGAUCUACCAAACCGUGCUGGGUCUGGCCCACAACAGGCCGUGGGGCGUUUGGCAACCUGAUCCCACCAUCAUCCUUCAUUUUUGAGGAUACAGGAACAGCUGACGGGACUGCAAUUGCAAUAAUUCCCUGGUAGCUGACAAGAGACCUUAUGUGCCAACUGGAUUCUGCAUCAAAGGCCGAAAUGGGCCAUUCC